CAACAACAACAAUAACAACAUAGCAGUACCGUUUCCUACGCGCAGUUGUAUAAAUUGAACUUAAGUUUAAAGUUGUUACACCAAAAACACUGCUUGUUUUGAUAUUUUACUAUUCAAUAAGCGACAUUUUCUUCAUCCAGUGAGUGUUAGUAAGUUAUUUGGCCGAAAUAUAGGGCGCGUCGGAUAACGUUAAAUCUACGGUGGGUUUUCAAGCAAGCAAGGCCUGCACCCGUAACGAUAAGCUAAAGCUAGGUAAGCUCUCCGAGAAAAACUGAUCUAAAAGACACACUAAAUAACUAUUUCACCCCUCGUAGAAAGGCGCGUGUCCUCAAAAUGAGAGGUUCGUACGGAGACAGAGAUCGAGACCGAGGCCGUGACAGAGGAAGUCCUCGUUUCGGGUCCAGUAGAGGCGGCCCGCCGCCGGGUAGGAAGUUUGGGAACCCUGGAGACCGUUUACGAAAAAAGAAAUGGGACCUGGAUGAGCUUCCCAAGUUUGAGAAGAACUUUUACAGUGAACAUCCAGAAGUGCAGCGAAUGAGCCAGUAUGAUGUUGAGGAGUAUCGCAGUAAGAAAGAAAUCACGGUUCGCGGUUCAGGCUGCCCAAAGCCUGUCACCAACUUCCAUCAGGCCAAGUUUCCCCAAUAUGUUUUGGAUGUACUGAUGCAGCAGAACUUUAAGGAGCCCACAGCCAUUCAGGCACAAGGUUUCCCUCUGGCCCUCAGCGGAAGAGACUUGGUGGGCAUUGCUCAGACUGGCUCUGGGAAGACUUUAUCGUAUCUCCUGCCUGCCAUUGUACACAUCAAUCAUCAGCCCUACUUGGAACGUGGCGAUGGACCCAUUUGCUUGGUUUUAGCCCCCACAAGAGAACUGGCGCAGCAGGUCCAGCAGGUGGCGUAUGACUAUGGAAAGUCAUCCCGCAUUAAAAGCACUUGUGUGUAUGGGGGCGCUCCCAAGGGACCCCAAAUCCGAGACUUGGAGAGAGGUGUUGAGAUCUGCAUUGCCACUCCGGGUCGUCUGAUUGACUUCCUUGAGGCUGGUAAGACCAACCUGCGACGCUGCACAUACUUGGUUCUGGAUGAAGCUGACCGCAUGCUGGAUAUGGGUUUUGAACCACAGAUUCGCAAGAUUGUGGACCAGAUCAGGCCUGACAGACAGACCCUGAUGUGGAGCGCUACCUGGCCUAAAGAGGUUCGCCAGUUGGCAGAGGACUUUCUGAAAGACUAUGUCCAAAUCAACGUUGGAGCACUGGAACUUAGUGCCAACCACAACAUCCUUCAGAUAGUCGAUGUCUGUAUGGAGAGUGAGAAGGACAACAAGUUGCUCCAGCUGAUGGAAGAGAUAAUGGCAGAGAAAGAGAACAAGACCAUCAUUUUCGUGGAGACCAAGAAACGAUGUGACGAUCUCACGCGCAGGAUGAGACGUGAUGGGUGGCCGGCGAUGUGUAUUCACGGCGACAAGAGCCAGCCAGAGAGAGACUGGGUGUUAUCAGAGUUCCGUAGCGGCAAAGCUCCCAUCCUCAUCGCUACUGACGUGGCCUCGCGUGGUCUGGAUGUUGAGGAUGUCAAGUUUGUCAUCAAUUAUGACUAUCCCAACUCAUCGGAGGACUACAUCCAUCGGAUCGGCCGCACAGCCCGCAGCACCAACAAAGGCACCGCCUACACCUUCUUCACUCCAGGGAACAUCCGCCAGGCCCGCGAGCUCAUCCGGGUGCUGGAGGAGGCCCGGCAGGCCAUCAAUCCCAAACUGCUCCAGCUUGUUGAUAAUGGACGUGGUGGUAGUGGAGGUGGUGGCCGUCCUCGUUUCCGUGGCAGCUCCACUUCUAACAAUCCAAACCUGAUGUACCAGGACGAGUGUGACAGGAGAAUGCGUUCUGUGGGCGGCAGCACCAAGGACAGCCGCGGCAGCAGCAGCAGCUAUGGACGUGAGAGCCGUGGAGGGAGCAGCCGGGACGGGGAACGCUCCUCCUCAUCUUCCUCCUCUUACAGAGAUCGCAGCAGCAGGGACGGAGGACGCAGCUAUGGCUCCAGCUCCAACUCAUACGACCAGUACCAGAAUAACAACAACAACAGCAGCAGCAACAAUCAGUACAGCAGCUCCAGGGCCAGCUCUGGGUCGGGGGGCGUUGGAGUGGGGCAGGCCCCACCUCCUCCGUCGGGCCCCCAGCCUCUAAUGGCCCAGCAGUUCAACCUUCCCCAGCCCCCUAUGAUGGGCCUGAUGGGGCACUCGCCGUUCCAGUUUGCUCCUCCACCGCCUCCAUCGGGCAGAAAGUAAUGUGAUCUAAGCAUCAGUCUCUCACACACACUCACACACACAGCACAACACACACCAUGCCCUGUCACACAGUCUCAACAUCUGUAAUAAAUCUUGAUCUUUGUGAGGGUUUUCUUUUUGGCAGUCGACCACUGUAACAUCAACAUGCUAGUUAUCAACUUGUUUGGGUUGCAACACAUCAGUGCAUCGUGCUUUUCAAUUUAUUUUUUCAACAUCAAAACAUUUAGACUGCUUCUCAGUUUGUUUAUGAAGUAGGCAACCCUUUUUGUUUGAACUUUUUCCUAAAAAAAAAAUUAUAUUAAUAUUUAGUUUGAGUGUCUUUUGUAGUUUGUCAAGAUUCUCUUUAAGUGAGCUGCUACAGAAGGUUUCCAUAGUAUCUGCUUUUCCCUUUAGGUGUAUCAAAGGUAGGUGAUUUAGUUCAUUCUUGUAUGAAAGAUAGUUUUGUUUUAGGUUCACUAUCUUUCAUUUUGCGUUUGAAACUUUGUAAGCCACAAGUUGAUUAAAGAAAAACAUGGAGAUCCUGGUGUAUCUUGAGAAUUACGUGUUUCUACAAAAGCGAUUCCCCCUCUUCUUUCAAACAUUCUCUGAAAUCUUUUUUGAUUUUAUUACAUAGAUGUAUACUGUAGAGCAAGCAUGUAAAGGAGCUUUCCCCCCCACAUUUACAAGUUUGUGGUCACUGACAAAUCUCCUGAGACUCACCAUAGAUGACCUUAUUCAAUUAAUCACGUGUGGUCAAGUCUUUGCAACAGCGAGGAUUGAGAUUUUCCUGUUAUAUAGUCUUUUUACAGUUUGUUUAAUAAAGCUCUUCCAUGUA